UGGCCCUCUCUGCUCCGAGAGACGCUGGCCAAUUCUCGGGGCCCAAGCAGGACUUCUGGAGCCCAAGGUCGCUGCUGGGGACGAAGCCAGGCCACAGAGAAGGAGGCUGGUCCUCUAGGACGCUCUCAUGGGCCCAGAGGCCUAGGUGCCCUGAGAUCCGCAGCUCUCCAUCGCCCCCACCAUUAACAGUUUUUGUUUUAGACUAGAAAACAAGCAUCUUUUGGAAGCCAGUCAAACAUGGCUUUAGCAGAUAAGAGACUUGAGAACUUGCAGAUCUACAAAGUUCUACAGUGUGUUCGGAACAAAAACAAGAAACAGAUUGAGAAGCUGACCAGGCUUGGAUACCCGCAACUGAUCAAUUUCACAGACCCUGUGGAUGGAAUUAGUGCUCUGCACUUAGCCUCUGUUUCCAAUGACGUCGAUAUGGUCACCUUUCUCCUUGAACUUGGAGCUCACCCUGAUGUGCAAGACCAUAAGGGCUGCACUCCAACAAUGCGGGCUGCUGAACUGGGCCAUGAAUUGUCAAUGGAAGUAUUAGCCAGAGCAAAGGCUGACAUGAAGAUAGUUGAUAAUGAAGGAAAAGGUAUUUUGUUUUACUGCAUUUUGCCUACUAAGCGGCAUUAUCGCUGUGCUUUGAUUGCCCUUGAACAUGGUGCGGAUGUCAACAACUCUACCUAUGAUGGGAAACCAGUGUUCCUUAGGGCCUGUGAGGAAGCCCAUGACGUUAAAGAGAUGUGCCUGACAUUUCUGGAAAGAGGAGCCAAUGCCAAUGCUAUGAACUCAUCCACAGGUCGCACAGCUUUAAUGGAGGCCUCGAGAGAAGGAGUGACGGAAUUAGUCCGGGGAAUAUUAGAAAGAGGCGGUAUAGUGAACACGUUUGACAAUGAUAGACAUCACGCUGCUCAUUUUGCUGCCAAAGGAGGCUUUUUUGAUAUAUUGAAGCUUCUUUUUGCAUACAAUGGAGACGUGGGGAUGAUUGCAAUGAAUGGGAACACACCACUUCAUUAUGCCGCUAUGGGGGGCUUUGCUGAUUGCUGUAAAUACGUAGCUCAAAGAGGAUGUGACCUGAAAUGGAAGAAUUUAGACCACAAAACGCCCAGGGCUUUGGCAAAAGAUGGUGGCUUCAAAGCAGCCAGCAAAGAAAUUCGUCGAGCAGAGCGAACUGCUAAUAAACUGGCCAAACCAGGAGUCAAAAAUCCUAACCCACUCUGGGCCCUCAGAUUACAUGAUUGGUCCAUAGUACACGAGACUUUUCUUCGAGAACUCUUUUCAUUUGUGGACAGGGGUGAUGGUACAGUCUCCAAGGAAGACUUUGUGAUGACCCUGGAGGAGAGGCAAGAGUAUGCCACCUCUGAACAGCUGUUUGCAAUAGCACAGCUUCAUGAAAAAACCCGGGGAGAAGGAGUCAACAUUAAUGAGUUCUUUAAAGGAACUAGAUAUUUAAGCAAGUCUUUUGUCUUGGGAUCUUAUGGAGCUAAGAAAAAGAGAAAGGGAAUGGGAAAAAAGGGGAGGAAGGGCAAGGUUGUCAUACCCCUCCCAGUGUGCGUCAUUCCUGAAGAUGUGUUUCCGCGCCGGUUGGAUGGUGGGCUUCCCUAUUACAUGAUUGAAACCUACCAAAAUGUAACUGACUGCACCCGCUUUAACCAAGAUCACCCACCUGAACAUCCCUUACAGGAUGAUUCUGCUUGGUACAUCGAUGAACCAGGAAAAAUGUUUUCGAAUAUUAAUUUCAUCACCAAGGCUGGAGACCUGGCAUCUCUGAAAAAGGCUUUUGAGUCAGGAGUACCUGUGGAUAUGAAGGACAGAUAUUACAAGACUCCACUAAUGAUGGCAUGUGCAAGUGGAAACUUAGAUGUGGUCAAGUUUCUUCUUGAAAAAGGAGCAAAUGUUAAUGCGACAGAUAAUUUUCUGUGGACUCCACUUCAUUUUGCAUGUCACGCAGGCCAGCAGGACAUCGUGGAGCUUCUCAUUAAGUCUGGAGCUGCAAUAGAUGCAGUUUCAAUCAACAACUCCACUCCUUUGAGCCGAGCUAUUGAAAGCUGUAGAAUGGAUACUGUAAAAUAUCUACUUGAUAUUGGUGCUAAAUUUCAGCUGGAAAAUAGGAAAGGACACACUGCCAUGGAUAUUGCAAAGGCAUAUGCUGAUUAUAGAAUAAUAGAUCUGAUUAAAGAAAAGUUAGAUAACUUGCCUAAAACAGGAGAAAAUCAAAAGUUGAAAGCUAAACCACCUCCUAAAGUGAAGAUGGAAGGCCCUGAAAUUAAGAAAGAAGAGGAAGCACUUUCAUCACUUUAUGCUGUGCCAACUGUAACAGAAAAGAAGAGACAACGUAAAGAUAAUGUGGUUCAUCUCAAUUCAUUGAUUACUAGUGGUAGUACCAAGAAAGUAGAUAUCACAUUUUUUCCACGAAGGGUCUGGAGUCCUGAAGCCACCACAGCAGAAAUGAUCCAGAAACGGGAACUGCGGCGAGAAAGAUUCAGUUAUGAAGUGGACUUUGAUGACUUCAUGAUGCCUUUUCAGAAGAACAUCAUAGAAAAAGCUCAGGCUUUGGAAACUGCCUUGAAGAGCUAAAUUAUAGCAGUUUUAUUCUUGUGUUGAAUACUUUGAAACCCAGGGAUGAAACUUUGGAGAAAGUAGAUAUUGCCAUCAAAGCCAAAACCCAUUAAAAAUUCCUUACCAAAUGUUUAGUUUUGCUUUAACAACUACAAAUAUUGUAAGCAGAAUGGUGAAGACAUAUUGCAAUGAAUGAUAAUGUUAUUUGGGAUAAAUCCCCUUACCUCAUUGACUGGAGGAGACUAUUUGACAUUUAGGUAUAAACUUUAUUAUUGAAAAAUUGACCAGGACACAAUUGUUCAUUUAAAGAUAACUCUAGGAAAAAUUGAUGAAAGAACAAUGUGCAAUUAGGAAAGAGGAGUCAUGUGUAAUCGUGACAAGGAUUACACACCUGCCAUUGUACAUGUGUUUGAAUAUGUUGGGUCAAAUAAAGCUUACACUGCCCCCUGGA